AUGACACCUCCAGUCCUAAUUAUUGGCGCCGGCCUAGGAGGCAUCUGUCUCGCUCAAGCCCUGCGCAGAAAUAAUGUCCCUUACAAAUUAUUCGAAGCAGAUUAUAAGAGCAAUUUCCGAACCCAAGGCUACAGACUCCGAAUUACCAAAGACGGCGUCAAGGCCCUCCAAGAUUCCCUAACGCCAGGGCUCUUCACUCUAUUCGAAGAGACAUGCGCCGAAACCGCCAGAAUGGGCAUCAGAAUCAAACCAGAUGGAACGCCCGCUCCUUCCACACUCGGCCUUGGACCUCCGCCACAGGCCAUGUCAGGAAGCGUGUAUACAGUCGACCGCAGCACGUUCCGCGAAGCAUUACUCCCCAGUCUAGAGAUCGAGGGAAAUGUCUUCUUCGGAAAGACUUUCGAUCACUACACCGUCGACGCCGAUAAAGUGACAGCCUUCUUCACCGACGGGUCAUCCGAAGAAGGAGCCCUACUUGUCGGCGCAGAUGGAGUUCGUUCGCGCGUUCGCAAGCAGUAUAUCCCCGAAUACCGGGGUAUCGACUCAGCCAUGCGCAUCAUCUUUGGAAAAACACCACUGAAACCACAGUUCCUGGCGAGCCUACCCGAAAGCUAUCACCGGGGGAUGAGUCUCGUCACCGAUCCAGAUGAUUCAUCCCAGCCUACAUUAUUGUUCGAAUCUAUCCGCUUCCCAUGCGCCGAUGAGAUCCCAUUGCCACUGCCAAAUACAUACAUGUAUUGGUGUCUCCUGGUGCGCGCAUCAGUGCUUCCAGUCUCAGAUACGAUAUCAUGGCAUGUGACGACACAGGAAGCGGCUAAGUUGAGCCGUUCUUUGACGAAGGGGUGGGAUCCUGCGUUGAGGAGUAUCUUUGAGAUGCAGGAUGAGUCGCAGGCGGCUGUCAGGCCAAUUCUGUCGGCUUUGCCAGAGAUCGAGCCGUGGGCUCCUUGUUCGCGAGUUACAGUUGUGGGGGAUGCGAUUCAUGUCAUGCCGCCGACAGGGGCGUUGGGUGCUAAUACGGCGUUGAGGGAUGCUGGGGAUUUGGCGAGGAGGAUUGUUGAGGCGGGUGGGGUUGAGGGUCUUGAUAAGAGGGUGAUUGGUGAUUAUGAGGUUGGAGUUAGAGAGUUUGCUAAGGCGGCGAUUGGGUUGAGUUGGCAGGGUGGGAUGAAUAGUUUUGGCUUGAGGGCUGCGGAAGAGUGUGAGCGGAUUCUAUUGUAA